AUGGAUGACUAUGAUAUCAGGUCUGCUGCCAGCAUUUUAGCAUCUGUUAAAGAGCAAGAAUGCAACAUUGGCAGUGGUCAGCCACUGGCAACCGCCUGGCAGCAGCUUGUACUGCAGGAACAAAGCCCCAGUAACCAGACGUCAAUAGCAAUGAUGCAAGAGCCUCAAGAAAUGGUGGAAGAGACAGUUACUGUGGAGGAAGACCCAGGCACUCCGACUUCCCAUGUGUCUAUUGUCACUUCUGAGGAUGGAACCACAAGGAGAACUGAAACCAAGGUUACCAAAAUGGUGAAAACAGUCACCACCAGAACAGUGCGUCAGGUGCCACUUGGGCCUGAUGGCCUGCCAUCAAUGGAUGGCUCGUCUCCCAUGGGCAGCUACACAGAUUCGAUAGACAGAAGGUACCUAAAGAAUGGGGAGCGGUACAUGACGCCACAAGCAUCUUCCACAUUAACCAGAUCUUACAACAACUACAACGAUUCUUACGCUGAAAGCCACGAAGGCCAGUAUCGCCCUUAUAUCAGUCAUGAUGGUUAUGGAGAUCUAUCCGAUAACUACGGCAGCUUAUCCCGUGGUGUCAACUACCGUCCUCGCUAUGCCUAUGUGCCAGGAAACAGUUACAGGCCAGAUGAUGGUAGCUUCACUUUGCCAAGCAGGAGGGAUAACUACGGUCCUGUUGCCCAGCCUCAGGUGCCGGUUGGUAGCAACGUAGACUUGAACCGUUCCCAGCCGGAACGCUUCCAGCCAGAGCCCUAUGGACUGGAAGAUGACAACCGCAGCCUUGGAGUAGAUGAUGAAGGAUAUGAACUGGAUCCUGAUUACUCCACUGUGAACCGGAGGACAUCUGCAGGUGUGCCAGAGAGAGGAAGACCUCACAAAGGAAGGGGCUACGAUGACCCCGUUGAGACAGAGGUGGUUGAAGAGAGGAUCCCUUACCUUCAUGGUGGCUACGCAGCACCGCUGGCACAGCCAGAGAGAGGAAGCAUGGCUAGUAUUGACCGUCUGGGGAAGCGCUCCCCCUCUAUUGACAGCAUUCGUAAAGACCCCAGGUGGAGGGACCCUGACCUCCCCGAAGUGAUUGCCAUGCUCAGCCACCCUAUUGAUCCGGUCAAGUCUAACGCCGCAGCCUACUUGCAGCAUUUGUGCUACGAAAAUGAUAAGAUCAAAAAGGACGUGAGGCACCUUAAAGGGAUACCUAUCUUGGUGGGUCUGCUUGAUCACCCAAAGCCGGAGGUCCAUCGUAAAGCCUGUGGGGCUCUCAGGAACAUCUCCUAUGGGAAGGACAAUGAAAACAAGGUGGCUAUAAAGAACUGUGAUGGGAUCCCUGCAUUGAUCAGACUGUUGCGAAAAACAAAUGACAUGGAAGUCAGAGAGCUAAUUACAGGCACCCUGUGGAACUUAUCCUCCUAUGAGCCCCUGAAGAUGGUCAUCAUCAACCACGGUCUGCAGACGCUUACCAAUGAGGUGAUUAUACCCCAUUCAGGUUGGGAAAGCGAGCCGAAUGAAGACUCUAAGCCUCGCGAUGCUGAGUGGACAACUGUCUUCAAGAACACUUCUGGUUGCUUACGGAAUGUAAGUUCAGAUGGAGCAGAAGCACGCAGAAGACUAAGAGAGUGUGAUGGCUUGGUGGAUGCCCUCCUUCAUGCUCUACAGUCUGCAUUUGGCAAGAAGGAUACAGACAAUAAGUCUGUGGAGAACUGUGUGUGCAUCAUGCGGAACCUUUCCUAUCAUGUCCACAAAGAGGUCCCCGGAGCUGAUAAGUACCAAGAACUAGAUGCCAGUCAGACUACAAGCACGGGAGGCUCUCAGAAGAAGAAGAAAGAUGAUGCUGGUUGUUUUGGUGGGAAAAAAGCUAAAGAGGAGUGGUUCAAUCAAGGAAAGAAGAAUGGAGAUUUGGACAGGAAUUUUGAUACACUUGAUUUGCCUAAGCGGUCUGAAGCAGCAAAAGGUUUUGAAUUACUGUACCAGCCAGAUGUGGUCCGACUGUACCUCUCCAUCCUCACUGAAAGUCAGAACUUCAACACUCUGGAAGCUGCAGCAGGGGCUUUGCAGAAUCUCAGUGCUGGCAACUGGACAUGGUCCACGUACAUCCGUGCAACAGUGCGGAAGGAGAGAGGCUUGCCAGUGCUUGUGGAGCUGCUCCAGUCCGACUCUGACAAGGUUGUGAGGGCUGUGUCAAUUGCCCUGAGAAACCUUUCCAUGGAUCGUCGCAAUAAAGAUCUUAUAGGUAGUUAUGCCAUGGGGGAGCUGGUAAGAAAUUUGCCCAGCAGGCAGCAGAGAUCUGCAAAGAACCUGGAAGAGGAUACAGUGGUUGCGGUGUUGAAUACCAUCCAUGAAAUCAUUACUGACAGCUCAGAAAAUGCAAGGUCUCUGAUCCAGACACAGGGCAUUCAGAAGCUGGUAGCUAUCAGCAAGUCAAGCCAAUCUCCCAGAGAAACAAAAGCAGCAUCUCACGUUCUUCAGAUGAUCUGGAGCUAUAAGGAACUACGAAAUGCCCUGCAGAAGGAAGGGUGGAACAAAUCACACUUCCAGUCUGUUUCUGCAGCUCCAAAGGGUUCCAAAGGUACUGCUGGCAGGUCUGGCUAUGAUGACAGCACUUUGCCCCUGGUGGAUAAAAGUCAAGAUAACGAGAAGACUGGGAGUCGUGAUAUGAUACCUAUGGAUGAACUUGGCCCAGAUGGGUACUCCACCAUUGAUCACCGGGACAAGGAGCGCAAAUACAAGACCACUGAUAACACAGGGGAUGCCUCGGAGAAAGAACCUUUAAAAAAUGACACAAAUAGGAAAAACAUUAACAGGAGUAACAGGGCUUCGGUGAAUCUGGUGGAUGCCCGUGACAUUAAACCCCAGCCUGUUGACUCCUGGGUCUAAUUUGCAUGCAUGGGCUAGAGUCCAACCACAUUAUUUUUAACUGAGGGGGAGAAACAAACAUUGAAUCGACACAGAGGAUUUCAUCAGUCACCACUGCCAUUUUGGAGGGCGCUGCAUCACCGACCAGGCUGCAGAUUCUAGGAGAAAACACAACUGACUGCCAUUGCCAACCCCGGAGCACCAUGCCUUACAGCGAGACAGUUUGCUUUUUAUCUCCGUUACAUUCCCGUCAGAAAUAGCCACCACCUUCUCCUCCCUCCCACUCCUGCAAGAAGAAAGCAAGCAAGCAAGAAAAGAGAACCCAAGCUUCCGUCUAGAUGGCCACAUUCUUAGGUGACUCUUACAUGCGGAUGGUGCCAAGUGUGAGAAGUGAAGGUUAUGUAGCAGCAAAGACGACAGCUUCACAAGUGAAAGAGAAACUGCAGAAUAUUUGAAAUAAUAUCGUAGGUGUAGCCAUGAAGAUAAUAGCACUUUCUGGUUUGGGGCUCAUUGUUUUGUUGUAUGUUUUGGGGGAUUUCUUUUGAACUGUGAAUCUAACAUUUUUAAAGGGUUUUUGAAAAAUGUUUAGAUUUUCUCUAUUAUUUCCACAGAAACUGCAGGAAUGUUGAGUGGGUUUAUUGGAUUUCAAUGAAGGGACAAAAUGCAGAACAAAAACUCUUAAACGCUGGUCAAAUGAACUGGAGAGUGGAUGACAAAAUUGAUGCAAGCUGUAUAAUCUGCUUUUAGAGUAAGCUAUAUCAAUCACAGUGCUAUAUUAUCAUUAUAAUCUGAUGUACGAUACUUCUGCCUUUUGAAUUACGUAAUGGCUCUGUUUUUAUUUCCACAUACUGAAAAGCAGUUUAUUGAAGGUUUCAGUGUCCCUGGUUCAGAAAUAUGAGAAUUGGAGUUGGCUGGCUUCUUAUUUUCUUGUUCUCAAAGAUUGCAAUAAGGAGCUUUUACAUUCUAAAUGUACUAGUGUUGCAUUGAAGAUGGUUAAUAAUUUGUUUUCCCAUAGCUGUUAACACAUUGGAAGAAAAUAGGAGCUUUUUCGCAGGAUGUCUUAUUUUGAACACACUAUAAAUUUUAGAUGGGUCUG